AUGCCCUCCCUACCCCGCUACAGCCGCCAGUCGCGCUCGGGCAGCCCCACUGUUUCCUCCCCGGCGUAUUCCGUCUCCCAUGCCACCGCGCUGGGCCCACAAAAGCUCAACAUCGUGACGCGCGUAGCGAUAGAAGGUGCGGCCGAACGAGGGAAGAAUAACGUCACCAUUCGCAUGUACAUGAGGAUUUCGCUGCCUGUAGACAGCGUCACUCCAGGCGCCGCCAUACCACUCUUUCCCGAGGAGAACUUGAAGAUUCUACGGUCGCAUGUACACCCACUGGACGCGCACUCAGCGCCCUACCAUUUCUCCACGAAAGAGCUCCCUCUUCUCCACAAGGCAAUGCGCGCGCUCAAUCUCCCCGACCGUUUGUCGCAAACCUACGAGGGUUCCAUCCGCAGUUCUUCCACCGAGCCCGCGGCCCUAGUGGAGAGGUAUUGUGGACAGGUCACCGUGAGCUCGUAUCACAUCUCGUACAUUCUACCAAAGGAGAUCCUCCGCCAAGAGGUACAAACACCGGGUCGUAGGACAACCACCAUGGUCCAAUUCAUGGCAGCCAUAGAAAUGCUUGUACCCUACACCUCACAACCGCCACAUGCCCCCUACUUCCUCGCUAUACCGGUACCCCGCUGCCUGUCCAAUCAGAUCAAACUCAAGAUCUUCCCUCCCAACGAGCCCAAGAAGACCUCGUCCUCGUUGGCCUCUCUGUCAUCCGCAGACGAAGACCUGGGUACCUGGGAUCUCACCUGCGACCCCCAUGUCACUCGCAACGUGUCAAAUCGGCUCUCUCGCACGUACUCGUACAACAACUUCGCGGAUGACGAGUCAAGCGACGCGUCUUCCGCGGGGUUCUCCGACGUGUGCGUCAUCCAAGGUUCGUUCCCAAGUACGGACCGGAUGCGCAUCAGGUGGGCCCGCCCUACCAGUACCACUUCAGAGCUUAGCGGGAAAGACGGGCGCCGUCGCGUCGGAAUCAAGGAGGUGAAGGCAGACAUGACUUGCAAAGUGCUGGGAACAAGCGGAACACACAACCCAGAGUCACCUCCGUACGAAGCCACUUGCAAGGGUGUCUGGUUCCCCGGUGUCGCAACUUUGCUAGGACUCGAUGUUCAACUCGAAGCUGACAAUUGUCUCGUGGAAUGGGCCUCGGAGAAGACUCAAAGCUGGACCGUCACAGGUGGACCGGGUUUCACGGGUCACGCACCUGCACUCUCCAGACAGCCCUCCACGGACAAUCCCUCUAUAUGUGUCCUUCCGUCGUCUCCCGACGCCCGCGGCCCUGCCCCUGUUCGACAUGACUCUUCGUCAUCCACCUCUUCAUUACUCCGGGCACCUCUUCCGCUCCAAGCCGUCCCAGACUACUCGUUCGAAAGCACACCAGCAUCGACUCCUGUCUCAUCGUUGUCAUCAUUACCCAUGCUUUCAAGCCCGGAAAAUGGGAGGCGUAGUAGAACAUCUUCGACAAACACUCACUACACCGACACCGACGUGACCGCACCAAUUAUCGUGCAUCUCAACAUGAAUGAGUUACUCCCUCCCUCGAAACACGACUUCAAAUUCAGCAUCUCAGGCACCGUAGUCGUUACCCCGAAACCGCUCAUACUGCAGUCAUCGCGUCGCUACAUGUCAUCACCCAAUCCAUCCCGACCAGGGUCUGACUCUGAAGACGCACAAGAUGUUCUCGCAACGCUGCGUUUCCGGAUUGCCACAAGCGAUCGCGAACAUCUCUCUGUCACCGUCAAGAAUGAUGCUCACGAUGGGGACCUCGAUGUAUUCAACGCCGUAGGGGAUAUACGCGACGCUCGUACGCUGAAGGCCGUUCUUCACCGAGGUGGCCAGGUUCGAUGUGGCUCUGACGGUGCACGCGUCACUCUCCGGCCUUCACAUCGAUCUCCGUCGCCGAUUCGAAGAGGUCGCAUGAAUGGAGUACACGAGUCCGCUCGCUCGCGCAGCCGUCCAGGAACCCCAAAUGGUCUUUCUUACCACGACGUCUCUCCUUCCACCUUGCAUUCGCUCUAUGCCUCAGCACUCCGGACCCCCAUCCGCCAGAUCACUCCAUUAUGGGCUGUUGGGUCCUCAAGAAUGCCUAGUUACGCCGUGCGGAUCAUCAUGCCCGCACUCUCGGAAGAAGACCAAGAAUGGUUGGAGUUUGGACUCGCUUCCCCACGUUCGCGCAGCGAUAUAGCAAGUGCCAGCUUUGAGACAAGAGGCAUCACCAAAGCGUCUCGCGAUGACAAAUCGUUUGGAACUGCCAGCGCAAAGGAGUGGGCGACUUUGGUCAGGAUUCACGUGGGCGAAGUAGGUGGUGGCAAACUAGAAAUUCUCUACAUCGUCCACCGUGAAGAGGGCCAGAACAAUGAGAAAGCAGAACAACGCUCAGUACCACAAGCCACUGUCUUAAGUGCUGUUCUCCCCAGUUUUCAGCUACCGGUCGGCGAGCUGGAGGUCAGCGUCCCGGUCCAGUCAGAUUUCGAUGUUGUGUCCUCGGAGACUAACCUUGCACACGAACAAGUGUCUGUGCAGGGCCGGAAGCUGAUCCACUACUCCCUACCGGGGUUCUUUUGUCCUACGCUUAUCUUGGCCUUCCUGCCGCCCCAAUCUGUGACCCCGCCCGCCAGACCGCCCCGCCUCCGAUGGAGUUGGAAUCACUUCCUGACGGCUUCUCUGCUCACUGCAUGCCUUGUUCUCCUCAUCAGCCUCUGGCAGACACAGCUUCAACUCUCUCAGGCUACCCGGCCAACGGACGCCGUGGAUGCAGCCGCCCCCGACCGCGCGAUGCAGCACGCAGCUCACCCCCAGAUCACGAUCACGACCACAGCGGCCGUUGAAACGACAUCCGUGCACUCGCGAUGGCUGGAUCACACCCACAUCCCCGCUUCCCACAACGCCGCGAUCCCCAAGGGCACGCCUUCUCCGCCCCCUCCUCCGGAAGCUCCAGCGGCCCCAUCGCCAAUCUCGACCGUCACCCCGAGCCCGAUCAGCACAGCCGACGCUGACCCGGCGUACGAUUUGGUUCCGUCCCACUACUUCCCGGCAUUCUGGCCGAUCCAGUUUGAGUUCCCAGCGAUGGCGGACCUGGACAUUGUGAAUGUGACAAUGGACACUGCGCUCCGGAUCUCUGCUCGCAUCUACUGGCUCUGCCGGAGGCUCAUACACUACCCUUUACCCCCGCCUUGA